AUGUCUAGCAUCUACAAGCUCUCCGUCAAGGGAAUCAGAGCGUUUGAGCCGGAAACCGAUGAAACGAUUCAAUUCGGGUUUCCAUUGACUUUGAUAUGCGGACAGAACGGAUGUGGUAAAACUACGGUGAUUGAGUGUUUAAAGUACGCCACCACGGGCAACCUACCGCCUAACUCCAAGGGAGGCGCGUUUGUCCAUGAUCCCGGUCUUGAUGCUCGCGCACAGGUCGCGGGACAAGUCAAAUUGGCGUUCCGCAACGCCAAUGGCAAGUCCAUGAUUGUCACCAGGACAGUCCUGGCCACGGUCAAGAAGGGACACCCGGGAGUGCUCACUUUCAAGACGUUGGAAGGGCAGUUUGCCUAUAUUGAACAGGGCCAAAAGACGAGCAUCUCGUCGAAAAAUGCCGAGUUGGACUCUCAAAUCCCCACCUUCCUCGGUGCGUCGACCGCCAUCUUGGACAAUGUCAUCUUUUGCCACCAGGACGAGAGCUUGUGGCCCUUGAGCGAAGCCUCGGUGUUGAAGAAAAAAUUUGACGAUAUUUUCGAAGCUUCCAAAUAUACCAAGGUGAUUGACCAUUUGAAAACUAUAAGAAAGGAUAUGGGCGUCGAUAUCAAGUUGAUUGAGCAGAGCGUGGGCCACCUCAAAAUUGACAAGGAGCGAGCUGCCAAGGUAAAGGACAAGUUGGCGCAAAUGACAAGCUCGGUCGACGCUUAUACGGAAGAGAUUAGCAACCUCAAUAUUCGAAUAGAGCGAAAGGAAAAGGAGGCGGAGGACUUGUUUGCCACCAACCAAGAGUUCCAAAAGACAUUGAGCGAUUACGAGAACUUGUUGAUGAAAAAGAAUGCCUUGGAGGAAGCCGUGGAAAAGUAUAAAUCUACAAUCACCUUGUUGCCCGAGAGUGAUGAAGAAUUGUAUCACAAGCAGGAAAAUUUCGCUAGCAUAACUGCUGAAAAGAAUGCAAAAGUGGAAGAUCUACAAUCGCAAAGCUCAAUUUUGGAAUCUCAAUUGACGGAAAAGACGCGCGAAUACAACGAGUUGCUUCGCUUGGAUGGCUUAUUCAAGGGUAAAAAAUUGGAGUACGAGGAAAAUGUCAGCAAAAUUGCAAACAUCAUCAGCGCCAACGCUCAACUGGUCAAUUUACUGUCGGAUGCAAGCGUGUCCAGCUUCAAAAAGACGCUCGAGAGUAGAUUGACAUUGCUCAAAAGUGACCAUAAAACGCUUCAGGUGAAAAAUAAAGACAAGGAAACUGCCCAGCUGAAUAAGCUACAGGAAGUGAAAAACUCGAUUCUCAAGAAUGAACAAACUCGCGGGUAUCUCACUGACGAAUUAAGCUCUCAGCAACAAAAUUUGCUGGCAUUUAAUAAAAAAUUGGAAUCAACUUUUGGCAACGAGGCGGAACUCACAUUAAAAAGAGAAGAACUAGCUCAGACUUUGCAUGCGUUGGCUGAGAAAAAGAAACUCAAUGAGGUGAAGGAGCUUGACGCAAAAGUAGUGAAUGCAAAUGAAGAGAUUUCAAGAUUGGAGUUUGAAAUGGAUGAGAUUAGCAAGAAGCUUGUCACGAGCGGCAAACAAUCAGAACUAAAGUCUCGACUCACCUAUCUUGAAAGCUCGGUCAAGCUGAAGGACGAAGAGAUAAAGACGAUUAUGAAAUCUGUUUGCCAAGAAUACAAGAAUCUAGUCGGCUGUGAUAUUGAUAUAUACGUUGCCGAGUCCAAGUUCGUCGAAGCAUACUCCAAGAAGAUGGCUUCUUUUGAAGAACAACAACGAAACGUGUUUAGUCUCGAAAGUGAACUCGAUUCAGCCAAGCGCUCGCGGCAAUCAGCAACCGACGCCAAGAAUGACAAUAAUAAAAAAUUGCAACAGCUCCAAUCGGACAUCACUGCCGUGAUACUGGAAGAAGAGAUGCAAGACUAUGAAAACUUUGUGCAGGAGUUGGAAGAUGAUUAUCGAACUGUGAUGGAGGAUGUAAGUACUUCCGAAGUGACUAAAAGCUACGGGAACUUUGCGCUUGAAGUUGCCGAAAAGAACAAUUGCUGCUUGCUUUGUAAAAGAUUAUUCGACAAGCCUGAAUUGCAAGGAUUCAUCGAAGAGGUAAAGAGAAGCUUUGAUGAAGCAAAAAUUCAAGAAGUUAAAGCCAGGGCGAGUGAGAUUGAAAAGGAUCUUGAAGAUGCGAAAAAAGUGGGCUUGAAAGUGAUUACUUACAGAGAGUGCCUUGCGCUGCGAUCAACGUUUGAUUCCGAUAUCGAGUCGGCCAACACCGCCAUUAAGUCCCUUGGUGAAAAAUUGGAGGAGGAGACCAGGAAACUUGACUCAAACAAGGCUUCUCUUGAAUCCGCAGGCAAGCUUAGAAGGCCAUUAUCCGAUGCCACGAGGUUAAACCAGGAGGUGCAGGACCUUGACCUCGAAGUUGAUGAAUUGAAAGAUGAUCUACAAGAUUUUGGUGGUGGCAGCGGCUCGUUGUCGCAAGCUGAGUUACAAACACAGCAGCAAAACUUAAACAAAAAGAUUAGGGAGAUUAGAGCGAAUCUCACUAAUUUCACUGAGGAAAAGUAUCGAGUGCAGAAGGAAAUCCAGAAAUUGGAGAACAAGGUCAAGGACACCAAGUUGGUUAUAAGCAAUCUUGAGAGAUCGUUGGCGGAGAUGGAAAAUACCAAGCGUUUAAUAGCGGAAACCUCGGUGCGGAUUGGUGAGCUCGAGCAAAAAUUGGCAAAUGUGAAGGAGCAGGUGGAGAAGCUGCUAGAACAGGAACAAAGCGAGCGUCAUUGCUUGCAACAAAUCCAACUGGAGAAUGCCCAGCACGACGAGAGGAUGAAAAAGGAGGUUGAUCAAUUAUCAGACUUGCACUCUUUGUUUUUGUCCUUAACCAGUGCAAAUGCCGAAUUUGAGGAGCGCUCUUUGCCAAAAUUUAAAGAAAACUCUGUUCAAAUGGAGACGGUUCUUGCUGAAUGCCACUCGAUCAAGACUCAGAUCGGGGAAACUUCAAACGCGGUGAAAUUGUUGGAGAAAGAAGUGAUGGACUCUUCUCGAAUCGAGUACAACAUCCUUGCCAACAUCGAAUACCGCACUCAAUUGCACCGACUAGACGAAACAGACUUCCAGCUCAAUUCCAUAGAUAUCGAGAAUGCGCAGUGUAAAAAAUCUGAAUACCAAGAACACUCGCGGCGCUUGAGAGAGGAACUAUCCCAUCUCACCUCGCAGCACGCGGGGAAAAUCGGCGAAGUCAAACAAAUCAAAGAUCAAGUUCUGGCACUAAAGAGGGAGUUGGAGACGGAGUACAAGAACGUCGACAAGUUGUACCACGAAGAAUGGAUCAAACUCCAGACAAAUUUGCUCGUUUCCAACGAUAUCCAGAACUACUCGAAAGCAUUGGACAAUGCCAUCAUGAAGUACCACAGCAUUAAGAUGGAGGACAUCAACAGGAUCUUGAAUGAGUUGUGGUUGCAAACGUAUAAAGGCUCAGACAUCACCACCAUUGCCAUCAAGAGCGAUGUCAAUUUGCAAGCCAAGGGAAACAGGUCCUACAACUAUAGAGUAGUGAUGGUUAAAGAGAGCACCGAGUUGGACAUGAGGGGAAGAUGCUCGGCGGGUCAAAAGGUUUUGGCGAGUAUAUUGAUUAGGCUCGCGUUGGCAGAGUGUUUUGGGGCCAAUUGCGGUAUGAUUGCGUUGGAUGAGCCCACGACUAAUUUGGAUAGCGACAAUGCCGAAGCGCUAGCGUCUGCGUUGAACAACAUCAUCGAGCACAGAAAGCAGCAACUGAACUUCCAGUUGAUUGUAAUCACCCACGACGAAAAAUUUCUAACCCACAUUCGCGGCGAUCGUUUCACGGAUCAUUUCUACAGGAUUCAAAGGGACGAAAAAAGCAAAUCUAGAAUUUAUAGCUUACCUAUUAGCCGUAUACUGGAAAUCUGA